AUGGCUAACAACGUGACCGCUACCAGAGAAGCUACAAGGCGUACUCACACUUACAGUUUCCAUCGCGAAGGCUUGAUUCAGUUGGGGCAAUUGGGUGGAUUGAUCACUGGUCCUAAUAAAACUGUGUUCACUGAGAAUUAUGGAAACAUCUUGACUCUUUUGGACUCACACGUCGACGAAUGGGGUUUAUCUACUCUUCUCCAGUUCUAUGAUCCUGACUUGCGUUGUUUCACCUUCUCAGGCUAUCAGUUAGCUCCCACUCUCGAGGAGUACUCUUACUUUCUCAAUAUCAAGGUUCAACACAAGGUUCCUUUCGUUUGUGUCCCAGAGAAACCUGAUUUGGACAACAUUGCCAACGCUCUUUAUUUGAGCAUAGAAGACGUCCUUGGGAAUUGGAAGAAGAAUGGUAACACCCAUGGUUUCUAUAUGAGUUUCUUGGUUGAGAAGGCCCAGGAGUUGGCCAACAAAAAGAUGUGGGAGGCUUUCAACGCCCUUCUGGCCGUUUUGAUCUAUGGGAUCGUGAUGUUCCCUAACAUUCACAAGUUCGUUGAUCUGGCCGCUAUAUGUCUUUUCGUGGAUAAGAAUCCGAUCCCUACUUUGCUAGCCGAUACGUACUAUUCCAUUCACUCUCGAUAUGGGAAAGGAGGAGCCAUAAGAAAUUGUUUGCCGUUGUUAUACACCUGGUUUAAGUCCCACUUACCUACAAGUGGUCCUUUCAUUACUUCUACUCAGAAAUGGCCUCAAAGGAUCAUGGGGCUUACCGGAAAUGACAUUGUCUGGUGUCCCACUGGAAUGGACGUGGAGAAAGUUAUAACUAGCUGUGACAAGCCUUUGGACAAAGAGAUAUUCGAAUCCGUUUGCUUUGAAAAGGGAACCAAUCCAAAGGGUCUAGAAAAAGUGAAGAGUGCCUGGAAUAGCAUCCAUACAGAUGAUCAGAUUUCUCUAGGUGAAAAGAAUGCCGUUGCCAAACAAGCCUACACAGAUUGGGUUGAAAAUAGAGUUAAAGAUCGCCUGUUGCCUUUCCCGAAGGUUAACCCAUUGUACGAGCAACCACCUAAGAUUCCAAUUGCCACUAUGCCUGCUGAGAAUCGUACCCAGGUAGAUUUGGAGUGCACCCAAUUGCACGAAAAGAAGUCAGAUGCGCAACCGAAACAUUGUCUUGUGGAUCAGAAAAGAGUUGAGUUGACAUACGAAGCCAAAAUGCUGAAGGGAGGAUCUUCCAGAGUUCAAAAGAGGGCUAGAACCGAAAAAGCUAGUAAGAAAACACUAGAUGAUAAGGGAAAACCUGUAAUUGCUAGAACUCAUAAAACCUAG